UUUCGCCAAAUUCACAUAAUGCAUCAUGGUGCUUACUGCCUCUCAAGGAUGCGAGAGACCGAUUGGAAGGGAUCUUGAUGGUAUUCGUAUCCUGCCAGUCCUACCCUUUCUGGUCCUAAUAAUGACUUUUCUGGCUGGAUUGAACGGCUGCGGAGGGUUUGAAAAGAAGCAUGAUGGUGGCAUCGUUUUCCAAAGUACCUAUAGACUGUAAAUUUGUGGAGCAGCUUCGAUGAAGCCCGUUGUUGUUCAUGAGUCUGAUGUAGAGGUCUCUCCUAUUGAUGAAAUAAUGGUUUUCCAGGGAUACAAAAGCGUCUUUUAUGGGUUGUUUCAUACUGCAGUCGCUGCAGCGCUGAACGUCGACCGAUCUAUAUCUUUUGCCCGCCCCAAUCUGACUGCAGUUGCAGCAGCGACUGCAGCAUGAAACAACCCUAUGGAGGCUGUAGACGAGACGCUGAAUAAGCUACAAGCCAUGAUGUGGAGACUGGCGAUAGUGCAAGUGUUGCUGAGGGUGAUGCGAGAGAAAAGAAUAUCAAGAAGAACUGAUGAAUAUCAUAAACAAAAUCCGUGAUGAAGUAGCAUUCCGAAAUCUAUGCUCGUGACGUAUGGUGCUGCUUGGAAUAUCCCCUUAUAUUACAUGCAGCGUACUGAGCGGGUCUUAUCUGUUGCGAUCAUCUGACAUCAAAGCGGACAAAUUAUGCAAGGAAUUGCAAGCGCUAGGAGAUGAACUGAGCAAGGUAUUGCCAUCAGUUUCAAGUCACAUUAUGCAAUUUUCACGAUGGAUGGAAUCUGUUCGCAAGACAUGUCUGAAUCUUGAACAUAUAAAUCGUGAACCAAACGAGUAUCCUGUCGGCUCGGAAGACAUCACUCGCCAGCAACAGUUGAUAACAUUGAACGAGUACAUUAUGCGAAUGGCAGCGUCAACCUCAAGCCAUCACGAACCACCGCAAACAUGCACAACAGUGCUGCAGGCGGUACUUACAGCAAGAAUUUGUGAAGUCGGACCCAUUGCCAGUCGAGCAGGUGAAGGAGCAGCCUACGAAGCAGAUCAGCAGCCAGGUCCCCGUCGUGGUAGACAAAAUGUUCCUGAAUGGUAUCACCAGCCGAUCGGCAGAUGGGAGUUCCCGUCAACGGAGAUGCUGCUGUACCAUCACAGCUACCAGCUAGGACCCUUCAGAUUCUGCGAAUCAGUGCAUAUGCUGAAUCGUACUCAGCUACCCCGCAGGGUUAAUGAAACUGACCGUACCGGAGCUACGUAUUUGGGUGCAACAGAUCAAGGACAUCUGCGCUGGUGACUCUCUACAUCCUAAGGAGGCAUACUCGCUCAACCACUUUUACAUCUAAAGCAUCUAAAUGUAUAUUCCUCAACGACUUUGUAGCUUCUUAUAUGCUUUUGCUCACGGGUGACAUCACAUUCAGGGAAACAGCAAGAGAGUAUCUGUUGUUUGGUUGGAAAGGUU